AUGGAGGAGACAAAUGGUGGUUUUCAGACACUUGUCUAUGAAGAUGAUUUGCACAAGGAAGAGUAUCCUCCUUACCAUCAGUCUAACAGGAUACAAGUGUCCAUGUUCACUAUGAGUCCUGGGAGACGCCACAGACUGGCUGCAGCGUGCCUGGCGCUUCUUGCUGCUGUUCUUCUGAUACUGAAUGUUGGCCUGGGGAUCCACUAUAACAAACUCACAGACACUCACCUCACGCUCGAUGAUACCGAACGCAUCAGCAAAGAGCUCAUCAACCUCCAGGAUACUUACAAGACUGCAGUGGAAACCAUGAAGGAUGCCAGGAAGCAGCUGGACAGUGAGAUGAGCCGUCAGACACAAACCAACUGGGAGCUUGAACACCAGACAAAACGAAGCAAUGACUAUAAAAGUCAGAUGGAAAAAGUUACAAAGGAAAUUGAAGCCAUGAGAACACGCUUAUCAAUGCUUAGCGAUGGCUGCAAACACUGUCCUGCAGGAUGGAUUUUAAUGAACUCUGUAUGUUACUACUUCCCCUUGAAGUCAAAUGAAUUCAAAACAUGGAAGGAAUCCAGAGAUUUCUGUCAGCUGCAGGGAGGAGAUCUUAUAAUCAUAGACAGCCAAGAUGAAGAGAACUCAACAGUCAAUUAUUUGAUAAAUCAUCAAGCUGCCCCGACACAAACUCGUGACCUGGUCUGGGAGUCUGACGUUCCUCGCCGUGUGAUACCUUGGAUGCCUCACAGAGACCCUGAGUUUCUGGAUUGGAUAAGCAGAAGAAUAAAUCAUCAAGAUACGCCUCAUCCCCCAAUGGGCUUCUGGAUCGGACUGAGAGACGUCCAUGAGGAAGGGACUUGGAAAUGGUGGGAUGGAACAUUACUUGCUGAAGGGUACUGGAAUGAUGGAGAGCCAAAUGAUAUCAACAAUGAGGACUGUGCAGCGCUGUAUCCCAAAGCAAACUUCUACAAGAGCUGGAACGACGUUAAAUGUGAUGCCCAAAUGAAAUGGAUUUGUGAAAAAGCACCAAAACCACUGAGCUAAAAUAUCUGCAAUAAUGCAUCACAAUCUUACAUAAACACAAGUUGCUAUCAGACAAAUCUCUGUAAGCAUUUAAUAAACCUUUUAGCAUAUUAGCAAAUCUUACAGCUAACAUGAAAAAGCAUUAUUCAGCACAUUUAUAUAAAGUAAACUGCUGUUUAAAACUGUUAUGCCCAUAUGUGUACCCUGUAUUUAUCUACAGCAAUGCUACAGUAAAUUGUUCAUCUAAAAUAUAUACAGACUUACAGUGUUUUACAUUAUUAACACAAUAUUAUACCAGUAUGUCUGUUUACACCUCAUCUGCUGAUGAACACAUUAAGAAACACUUGUGCCUGGUAACAAUUAAAACUGCAGCUUUAAUAACCUGUUUCUUUUAGCAGCCUGUGUACAAAAGGAAAGACGAUAAAUAGAGAGUCAAAGUCAUUAUUUAUACUUUAGUCAGUAUUUUUAACUGUAGAAAAUAUUUUGGAAGGCUAAUAACAUAUUUCUGGAAUAUUUGAAUUAUAUAAGACUUCAACUUAACUGGAUUACUGGAUAAUUUAGAAACGAGAUCAAGCAUGUUGGUGAGCAUCUGAAGGGAUAAUAAGUGAAUUUUGUGGCUGCUUCCUGUUAUUCAUUUUAGGCCUGACAGAGUAGCUGCUGUCCAUCACGUGUACAGCGCAUGAUAUUAUCAGUUUACUUCUUUAAAAGAGUUAGAAUAUGUUCCUCUAAAAAUCAUAACUUUUGAAAAACAGUUUCUAAGACAAAUGUAAAUGUCAGAAACAAUCUAAAUAAAGAGAGAGCACAUCUGCAGA